UCGAGCAGAUCUCUUCGUAUUUAACAAAGUUAAAGUCAAAAAGUAAAGCAGAAAAAUGACUGGCCGUGGAAAAGGAGGCAAAGGUCUUGGCAAAGGUGGUGCCAAGAGACACCGUAAAGUUCUUCGUGAUAACAUCCAGGGAAUCACGAAGCCAGCUAUUCGUCGUCUUGCCCGUCGUGGUGGCGUGAAGCGUAUUUCUGGACUGAUCUACGAGGAAACUCGUGGUGUCCUCAAAGUCUUCCUUGAGAACGUUAUCCGGGAUGCAGUGACAUACACCGAACACGCCAAGAGGAAGACAGUCACCGCAAUGGACGUUGUCUACGCUCUGAAGCGCCAAGGACGUACUCUGUAUGGUUUCGGCGGUUAAGUUAGCGAUCAUUCGCGCAUCUUUUCCAAAAAAAAACGGUCCUUUUCAGGACCACAAUAUAAUCAAUAGAGAGUUUAAUGAAACUAUAAAAAAAAAUAAAACAAAAAUCAUCUAAUUAAAUGAAUCCUGGAAUAAAUAAA